GGCUGGCAUGCACAGACUGCUCCCAGAACACAGAGAACCCAGAAUUAACAGCGAGAUUGGAAAGGAACAGCUCGCAAGGUGUGAGCCAUCCGCUCUCGCUCGUUUCAGACGGGGCUUCAGAGGCAGAGAGGCCGGUCAAGCAUUCGCGCUGCCCCUCUGAGCCUAAGAUGCGGCAGCGCGGUUCACUUGCGCUUGCUUUCCCUCCCUCUUUUUUUUUUUUUUUUGGUCGGAGGAAAGAAAACAGCCUGCGGCCGGGGAGUGUACGAAGACGCGGAGUGGGAAGCGGGGCACACCCUCGGUGAGCCCGCCCCCAGCCCGCGGCGCCGCGAGACGGGCUGCACGCUCUGCGAGCGCCGCUCCCCGCCGCUGCGCGCCGACCCGAGCGGACCCGCGCCCGGCAGGAUGAGGCUCCCGUGGGGCCCCUGGCCGUGGCGCCCGCGGCUGCUGCGGCCGCGCACGCGCACGCCCCAGGUUUUGUGUGUGAAGCCCUGUGGAAAUCUGAAAUGCUAUCAGUCACAACUUUACAGUACAAUGGCGCCCCUUGAUGCAAUAACUGUCAAUCAUAGACAUGGCCUUCCCUUGAUAACUCUUACUUUGCCAUCCAGAAAAGAGCGCUGUCAAUUUGUAGUCAAACCAAUGUUAUCGACAGUUGGUUCAUUCCUUCAGGACGUACAAAAUGAAGAUAAAGGUGUCAAAACUGCAGCCAUCUUCACAGCAGAUGGCAGUGAAAUUCCAGCUUCGACCUUGAUGGAAAUUUUGCUAAUGAAUGAUUUUAAACUUGUUAUUAAUAAAAUAACAUAUGAUGUACAGUGCCCCAAGAAAGAAAACCUGAGUAGUGAGCAUUCAGCUCAGACGGACGACCUGAAAUCCUUGGUUCACAGACUGUUUACAGCCUUGCAUUUAGCAGAGUUUCAGAAGAAGAGAGAGCACCAUUUACUGGAGAAAAUUUACCACUUGAAGAGGCAGCUGGAGCCUCUGGAACAGAUAAAAGCUAGAAUUGAAGCUCGCUCAGAAGCCAAAACCAGUGGACUCCUGUGGGCCGGAUUAGCGCUGCUGUCCCUUCAGGGUGGGGCAAUGGCCUGGCUCACUUGGUGGGUGUACUCCUGGGAUAUCAUGGAACCAGUUACAUACUUCGUCACAUUUGAAAACUCCAUGGUCUUUUUUGCAUACUUCAUAGUCACUCGACAGGAUUAUACUUACUCAGCUAUUAAGAGUAGGCAGUUUCUUCACUUCUUCCAUAAGAAAUCAAAGCAACAGCAUUUUGAUGUGGUGCAAUACAAUAAGUUAAAAGAAGAUCUUGCUAAGGCUACAGAAUCCCUGAAAUGGGUGCAUCACUCUCUGCCUUUGAGAAUGCAAGUAGAGGACCUCAAUGAAAAGAAUUAAUCUUGUUCUUAAAUGUCAGUGAUUUUUCCAUUAUAUGUUGAAUCUGCAAUUUAGAAAGUCAAACUUUUUGAGUCCCAGAGUUCAUUUGAAUUUGACAGUUCCAAUCUGCUUUAUUAAUAAAAAAGGUCUUGGAAAACAGG